AUGAAAGCCACGGAGGCAUUCAGCGAAUCCGAGGUCAUUCACGACCUUGAACGGGGAAAACACAGCAACUACGCUCCACCCCCUAACGACCAAGACUACGAUUCGGACUCCAUCCCUUCCGUCAGCGACUUACAAAGGACCAUCCGCUCGACCCUAGGCUGGUGGAAAGAGGAGUACAUAUACUGCGCAAUCUGUCUUGUCGCCGCCACCGGUCUUGUCGCCCUCCUCUACGAGUUCGACGGGGAGCUAGAGCCUCGAUUUGGGGCUGGCAAUGGCCUGGGCUUGAGCACUGUCAUCAUUGCGGUCAUGACAGUCUACCGCAUUGCCCUCAGUUCGAUCGUCGAGACAGCCCUCAGUCAAGGCGCCUGGAUAUGGGUGUCUGCCGCGCGACAGGAACAUAGCCACCUUGCGUGUGUCGGCGCUGGUAUCAUCAUCCUGAUCACCGGGUUCGAAACUUUCUCCCAGCAAAUGGUCACAUUUGACGAACUCCCUAUCGCACAAGUUAACAUGACCAAUCCACCUGCACCGCCAUCACCAAGAAACUUGGAUCUAGGGCUUUCAACAAAGGCAUCCUUCUACGAUGGUAUCAUGGCAAGCAGUAUUUUGGAGUCUCCUGCUUUUUGUGGGACUGCAAAUUGCACAUGGCCGACAUUUCCUACCCUCGCGGUGUGUGGUAACUGUACCGAGGCCACUUAUCGAGACGAUCUUUGCCCUCCAGAGAAGGGUUGCACGUAUACCAUGCCCACUGGCACUUCCAUUACGGCACCCAGUGGUGAUUCAACCGGAUAUAUUUUCACUGUAGUAUCAUCAGAGAACGUAUCAAGCUCUGGCUCGUGGGCGUAUUUCUCCAAAUUUGACAUAAUGUCGGUUUCGAAAAGUCGCGCAUCAACUUCGGUAGAGGCGUACCAGUGCGCACUCUGGUUCUGUCUGAGAAGCUACGAAGUGUCCGUCACAAAUGGACAACAAAACACGAGCAGCACCGGGAACUGGUCCGAGGUCGAGUUUUCUGCAGCGACCAGCGCCCACAACGAUGAAUAUCACUUCAUUGAUAUUCCAGCAGAGAUGAAUGCGGUUCCUAGCACGCGUUACAGUGUUCCGCUUGAAUCAAUCGAAGUCCUAGAAGGUUUUAUGGCAUCCAAAAUGACCGGCAAUUCCUCAAACAUCGACAAUCGAGCGGAUUACAGCUCGGACUGGGUUCAAGCCAUGCAAAAUUCUUCCGCAGACUUGCCGACGUGGAUGAUAAGACUGACAUUGAGCAUAACGAACGAUGUCAGAAGCUCCGGUUCUGCAGAUCCUAAUAAUAGGGGUAGCCAGUACGAGUAUGCUGGCACAGCCUAUAUUCAAGCCCCCCACCUUCAGGUGAACUGGCUUUGGGUCAUAUAUCCACUGUCCUUGAUGAUUCUCGCAUUUCUGUAUUUGGUGCAAACUGUUUGGCGAACAGCUCGAGACCAUGUGUCGGCAUGGAAAGGGGAUUCGCUGCCAAUGCUCUUCGCACACAUCGACAAAGGCAUUCAUCAAGUAGUCGCGGAUGGGAUGGAUGUGCCAGGCGGCUUGACGGAUCGUGUCGGCCGUACACAAGUCGAGUUGGUCCGCAGGCAGAAUGGGCAGUGGCUGUUCAAAUUACCCGAGAGGUGCCCUGUCCCUAUUUUCUCCUAUAAGAUUCUCACAGUAAUUAACAAACAGAUAUCGCCUGCGCUGUGCUGUACUGGUGUACUUGUGACUGUUUAUGUAUAA